GGAAAACCAAAAAGAGUGAUAAGUCUGAAUAGCUAGCCUAUGUUUGUUCAAGCUUGAAAUAAAGUCUGUCACAAGAAUUAUCAUUUUUUUUAACAUCUUGCUUUUUUUUUCUUGUGCAGACACCUAUUAUUUUUAACUGUUUUAUUAUUUUUGAAGCAAGUGUGACGUCUGAGCCGCAAAAAUGUAUGCAGGAGGAGCGGCUGGUGGGCACUCCUGCAAACCUAUUACAGCACAGAAAUCUCACGUGCCUCUGCCAGCAAAUGCGAGCGCCCGACUGCUUUCUUGUAAGCACCGCCAUCUCCACCAGCACAAGACUUUGCUUUCAAGCCUCCAUCACGUCCAGACUUUGGAACUAUGGGCAGAAUAAUCAAACUGCAGGCAAACUUUUUUGAAAUGGACAUUCCAAAAAUUGAAGUGUACCAUUACGAAAUUGAUAUCAAGCCAGAAAAGUGUCCCAGAAGAGUGAACAGAGAAAUAGUUGAACAUAUGGUGCAGCACUUUAAAACUCAGAUAUUUGGAGAUCGGAAACCUGUAUAUGAUGGAAGGAAAAAUCUGUACACUGCAAUGUCUCUUCCAAUUGGACGUGAUAAAGUUGAGCUAGAGGUCACUAUCCCAGGAGAAGGGAAAGACAGAAGUUUUAAAGUGGCAAUAAAAUGGGUUUCAUGUGUCAGUCUUCAAGCUCUUCAUGAUGCGCUUUCAGGUCGACUACCAAACAUUCCCUUUGAAACUAUUCAGGCACUGGAUGUGGUUAUGAGGCACCUGCCCUCUAUGAGGUACACACCUGUUGGCCGUUCAUUUUUUACUCCUUCUGAGGGCUGUUCAAAUCCCCUUGGUGGAGGAAGGGAAGUAUGGUUUGGUUUUCAUCAGUCUGUCAGGCCAUCACUUUGGAAAAUGAUGCUAAACAUUGAUGUGUCAGCUACAGCUUUUUACAAAGCUCAGCCUGUUAUUGAGUUCAUGUGUGAGGUGCUGGAUUUCAAAAGUAUUGAAGAACAGCAAAAGCCACUUACGGAUUCACAGAGAGUUAAGUUUACAAAAGAAAUUAAAGGCCUGAAAGUGGAGAUAACACACUGUGGACAGAUGAAGAGGAAAUACAGAGUCUGUAAUGUAACAAGGAGGCCAGCAAGUCACCAAACGUUUCCUCUUCAGCAAGAAAAUGGGCAAACAAUUGAAUGUACUGUGGCACAGUAUUUUAAGGACAAAUAUAAGUUAGCCCUGCGUUAUCCCCAUCUCCCAUGUUUGCAGGUUGGACAGGAGCAAAAACAUACUUACCUUCCUCUAGAAGUUUGUAACAUAGUGGCGGGGCAAAGAUGUAUAAAGAAACUAACAGACAAUCAGACUUCCACAAUGAUUCGUGCAACAGCAAGGUGUGCACCAGAUCGGCAGGAUGAGAUCAGCAAACUGAUGAGAAGUGCCAAUUUCAACACUGAUCCUUAUGUUCAAGAAUUUGGAGUUUUGGUAAGAGAUAACAUGACAGAAGUAAAUGGCCGUGUUCUUCAGGCACCUUCAAUACUUUAUGGAGGCCGGAAUAAGGCAAUUGCUACUCCGAUCCAAGGGGUUUGGGAUAUGAGGAACAAACAAUUCCACACUGGUAUUGAAAUCAAAGUUUGGGCUAUUGCCUGCUUUGCACCCCAGCGACAAUGCACUGAACUUUUACUUAAAGCAUUUACAGACCAGCUACGUAAAAUAUCUCGAGAUGCGGGUAUGCCAAUUCAAGGUCAGCCAUGUUUUUGCAAGUAUGCCCAAGGAGCAGACAGUGUUGAGCCCAUGUUCAAGCACCUAAAAUACACUUACCAAGGACUUCAACUCAUUGUGGUGAUACUCCCUGGAAAAACACCAGUUUAUGCCGAAGUUAAGAGGGUUGGUGACACAGUCCUAGGAAUGGCAACUCAGUGUGUCCAGGUGAAAAAUGUGCAAAAAACAACACCUCAGACUCUUUCCAAUCUGUGUCUAAAAAUAAAUGUGAAACUUGGAGGCGUAAAUAACAUCCUCUUACCACAGGGAAGGCCAUUGGUUUUUCAGCAACCUGUUAUAUUCUUAGGUGCUGAUGUGACUCACCCUCCAGCUGGUGAUGGAAAAAAACCUUCUAUAGCAGCUGUUGUCGGAAGCAUGGAUGGGCAUCCUAGUCGAUACUGUGCAACAGUGCGAGUUCAGCAACAUAGACAAGAGAUUAUUCAGGACUUGGCUACCAUGGUGAGAGAACUUCUUAUCCAGUUUUACAAGGCAACACGUUUUAAACCAACACGCAUUAUUUUCUAUCGUGAUGGAAUAUCUGAAGGACAAUUUCAUCAGGUGCUUCAUUAUGAGCUGCUUGCAAUUCGUGAAGCCUGCAUUAAGUUGGAAAAGGAUUACCAACCUGGUAUUACUUUCAUAGUUGUGCAGAAACGCCAUCAUACCCGGCUCUUUUGUAUGGAUAGGAAUGAAAGAGUUGGAAAGAGUGGUAACAUACCUGCAGGCACCACUGUUGACACCAAAAUUACUCACCCCUCAGAGUUUGAUUUCUACUUAUGUAGCCAUGCUGGCAUUCAGGGAACAAGUCGACCAUCUCAUUACCAUGUACUCUGGGAUGACAACCAUUUUUCUUCAGAUGAACUACAGGUCCUUACUUACCAGCUGUGCCACACCUAUGUGCGAUGCACACGCUCUGUUUCUAUCCCAGCGCCUGCUUAUUACGCACACCUGGUAGCAUUCCGGGCUCGAUAUCACCUUGUUGAUAAGGAGCAUGACAGUGCCGAAGGAAGCCAUACAUCAGGACAAAGCAAUGGGAGGGAUCAGCAGGCUUUGGCAAAGGCAGUUCAAAUUCACCAGGACACUCUCCGCACAAUGUAUUUUGCAUGAUCUAUGAAAGAAAACCAAUGAGGGUUUGCAAAAAUGUAAACUGUAGGUUGCUGAAUAGAACUGGGCUUAGAUCUGACCAUCUGCACUUUCAAAUAUGCCACAUAUAUUUAUAUACAUACAUCUACUUUUUUUAAAUUUUGAAAAUACCACCCAGGCAGUGGCCUCAGCACUCAAAUGUGUCAUACAUUAACAGUUGAAAGGGUAUGGAGUUUGAGGAUUUCUUAGUGUAUGUUUUUUAUAUAUGUACAGUAUAUAUAUUUUUUUUUUUAUUGUUUUAGUUUCAAAAUUGAAAAAAAAUGCUCAGGAUACAGAUUCAUAAUGUCGUACUAAUCUUUACAGAGCAGUAUUUUUGUAAGGUAGUUUAAUCUGUUGAGUCCUGCUGCUUUUGUAAAUGGAUGAAAUGUAGUCUUGUGCUUUAUAGGGAAAAGUGAAGUUGUCUGCCAAAGCAUUGUUUAUAUGUUUGUUUACCAGUAGUGCCACAUUAAGACUGUAUUUUGCUAGUACUGUGUAGAAACAUAUAGUUGCAAACUGAAGUCUCAUCCUACAAUCCUUUGGUUUGUAAAGGUUUGUCAAAUUAGCCAUUAUACUAUAAAUCACUACUGCACUUUUUACUGAACUAUUGGCUUCCAACAUUGAUGCAUUGUAUUUGCUUUUAGUUGUCUUCAUUUGAGUAUAGUCAGUUGUAACUUUUCUAACAAUUACAAUGGAUUUAGAAUUGCCUUUUCUUUCAUGGGCAAUGUGGCACAAUCAUAAUUUAGUUAUCUAGAUAUUACAUAUGUGUACACACCAUUGUGUAAUUAUAUUACACAAUUUCUUUGUUUAUACAUAAGAUUUCAUUUUUUCAGGUUUCAAUUUCUUUAUUAUUUUACAUUGUCUCCAGUGAGUCUUUUAAUAAGAGCUAUUGCAGAGAUGUCAUAACUGCACCUAAUUUUUAAUUUUUUUUACUACACACAUUAAUUGCUGUUCUAAAUAAGUUUUGCAUAUCAUGCUGUUAAAAUUCCUGCGUCAAACAUCGUUUCAUAUAAUCAUUUUUUAAAUUGUCUUUCAGUGGAUUAGUAGUUUACAGGGAAAAUCAAGAUAAUUAAUCCAUAUGACAUAUUCUAAAUUUAAUCAUGAACAAAAUUUUAGACAGUCUCUUUCCCCGUUAAACUGAUCAGUAAACCAGGCCUAAUGUGACUGAGCAUGGGAUUAUAAUACUUUAAUUUAUUUACUGGCAUAAGUAGCUAAUGCUUUUGGGGUUUCCAGAAAUGCACAUGGAAUGUUUUUGAUAGCAAAUACUUUUUGUAAGGGUUAGAUAUGCUUUCUCUUGUUUACAUUUUUUAUUAAAACUUCAAGUUACUAUUUGGAGAAAAAGGGCCUAAUGCCAUGAUAAAGCUACACAGAGGCAGCUCCACAGAUAAUUCAGGUGUUUUUUUUUUUUUUCUCUAACAAAACUUCCCCAAGAAUAUUGUAUUUAACAGUCUGGUAGGCUAAAUGGGUAAUCAUUAUAGUAGGUGUUUCCCAAUUUUUGUUUCUAAAUCUACAUAUUUUCUUUUGAGGGCUAGAGCAAUAUAUCAGUUUAUGACAGAGUAGCACUUUCAUAUUUUUACAUUCUUUCAUUAAUUGUUUAAACUGAUUUAAAGCGUACCAGUUCCUAUUAACUCUUUGAGGAAUUCCCUUUCUUUGUGAACAGUUUUACAAUAUAUGAAAUCUUUAUUGCGGUGACUGAUAUAAGGUUUUUGCACUGAAAAAUACCUUUGUAGUUUAACACUUUAUUUAAAAUUCCCUCCUAAAAUAUAUCAAUACUGUAUAUUGAAUUGUUUGCUCUGUUGAGAAUUAGCUGAUUGACUAAGCGAAAAGGCAACAUUAAACAAAAAAGUCAAACACUUUAACAAAGCAUAAUGAGCUGCAACAAAUGAGAGUUUCUAGCACUAGAGAUAAUAGAUUUUCAUUUAAUGCAGAGUUGUACAGUGAUGGUUUCUCUGGUCAUUACUAACUAGGUGUUGUCAAAUGCAGCACCACAUGUCUCGAUCUGAUUUUUUUUUUUUAAGAAGUUUAGGUUUUUAUCCAAGUAAAAAUACUACUUAAUAGUACUCCCAAAUUAAGCUAAAGAUUAUUUUUAUAUUUUGUAUAUUCAUUUAAGUGCUGGAAAUAUCACAAAUGUACUUUCAAAUGCUUUUGCAUUCCUGUGCAAAGCCCAGAAAGUGCCUUAAAUAAUGAUUUAUAUAAUGCAAGAAUAGGUUCCUGUUUAUGUAAAUAUACUGCUAAUUAGCACCUUGUUUAUUGUUCAUUACCGAAAUUUAAUUUUUUAAUAUAUUAUAAUGAAUUUAGCAAUGUUUCUAUGUAAAUCCUUAACUAAAAUUUCUACCUCUGUUUAGCAUCAUAAUGGCUCUAGUGUUUUUGCAGUAAUCAGGUUUGGGUUUGCAUAGACUCUUUAUAGGUUUCUUUUUCAUAUUCAGUCUUUAUUGAAAACAUUUUUUUGGUUCUCAUUGUCCCUUGAUUCUUCAUUUUAAAAGUGAGAAAACUGCAAAAUUUUCAAACAUUGAAAAAUGAAAUGCUUUACUUAGUUUGCCAGAUUCAUAUGAUUAAAAUAGUUAUAUGCAAUAGCUUUCCUUUCUGUUUACACAAUGCAAUACUCUUUAAAAGGUACGAAGCAACAAAAUAAAGGUAGCCUAUGCCUAUUUGCAGUUCUUAAUGCCAAUUACAUUUUCUUGGUGCAGAUAUGGACAGAUAUGGAGUCUCAUAAUUUGAAUGUAUUUGAUACAUUGAAAAAUACCAUAAUAUAAAUCAUUGAUUUAAUUUAUUUUCUUUAACCAUAAACACACUUUAUGGUAGACCAUGCACCGGACAUAGUGACUAACUAAUUUUAUAAUAAUUAGCUAUUUGUAUAUAUUUUGCCUAUGCAUGUGCUAUAUGCGUGUAUAAAUGCAUUUUAAGUGCCAUUGAAUAAGCCAUUAUACUCAUUAUCUCAUUAUACUCUGUGAUAUAAGUUUACUUUGAAAUUUACAUUUAUACUAAAAUAAGAUGAUAAUAAGAUGAUGCCAGUCACUUUUCUUUCUCCAUUUCUAAGUUUCUUUUUUUUUUUCAGCUUCUGUCUUUUUAUCACCAUACUUCUUUUACACAUUCUGAGAUUUGUUAAUUAUUAUAGUAAAAUUUCUUUCACCAAAUGUAAUAUUUGUUAUCAGGGUUGUUACAUAAAUAGUUUACUUUUCUGUCAAUUCACUUCUCUAAAGCAUAUUGAUUAUUUUAUCCUUUGUAUUAAUUCCUUAGUUUGCUAUUUUUAGAAGAUAAAUAACACCAGUAUUUUCAAUAUUUGGGCAUGUUUACAUUUGUAUCGUACUCUUUCUAAAUUGAUCUAAAUGUUUGAGUUUUGCACUUUACUAGUUUGUGAAACUAGCAGUUUAUGUUAAGCUACACUGUGAAUUGAGCAUAGAUGGUAAUUAAGCUUGAGCGGUGUUUCAGAAUCUGAACAUAACUUGACAAAUCCACGCUAGGGUGAUCAGUGCGCAAUUUUUCUGAGCCAGAUACAAUUAUGAAAUAGCAUGUUACAAAAGGGGAAACUGGUAGUAAGAGUUGAUGCGUACUGUACCUUAUUGUUAAGUAAAGACUUUUUAAUAUCCUCAUCUCAAAGUAAAUACUGUAUUAUGAAGCAUUAAAUAAUCAUAGGAGUGCAGAUGCCUGCCUGCCAUUGAAGUAACUGUCAGACCAAAUUAGCUGUGUCCAUGUGCAGAUGCUCAGCUCUCUUCACUGCAAAGUAUUAUUGGCAGCUUAGAUUAAAAAAA